CUACUAUUGCUAUGGUAACCAGAUGCCUUUCCCUUUCAAAGUAAAGCGUCCAAAGCACCAUAGCAACCACUGACAGCUGUUAAAGGAAAUGCCAAGAACUAAAGAUGAAGAAAAACUUGAGGGUUUCACCGUUAAAGCCCUCAACAAGAACUCCGUGGGUGAAGGCCCUCCAACCGCAGGGCUGUUUCAACAACGGCCGAUCAAACCCACCACCUUCCGGGAGUAUUAUGACAGCAGGCGGAUCCCUAUCGCUUUGGACUACAACAGAAAAGGACACAAAAUAAAGUGGACGGUGGACAUGGAUAAACUGGACUGCCAGCAGCACCUGCCUCUAUUCUUUGAUGGCCUCCGUGAGACAGAACAUCCUUACAAUGUCCUCGCAGAGCAGGGGAUUUUUGACAUGCUGAACCGCGGGGGGGACAAGAUCCUCCCCGUCGUGCCUAUGCUCAUCAUGCCCAUCAGGAACGCAAUGAACACCAAGAACCAGACAGUGACGUCCACCACCCUGAAAGUCCUGCAGCAUAUGGUGGAGUCGGUUGACGGCAUGGGGUUGGCUUUGGUGCCUCACUUAAAGUACAUCCUGCCCGCUUUUAACCUCUUCAAGUACAAGAAGAGCGUGGGAAACCUGAUCGAGGAGACUCUGCGGAAACUGGAAUACUACGGUGGCCCGGAGGCCUACAAACAAAUUAAACUCAUGGUCCCCACCUACAGCACUGUAUAUUGACAAAUCAAAAAGAAUAUCAGUGUUGUAUUGAUUUAUUUACAUAAUUUUCUUGUGAUUUAUUUCAAGCUGUAAGCUACAUACCUUGUUGUGUGGAGUGAAAAUUCGUUGCAUACACUAUUCUAACCCUUUAAGGUUAUAUUUCAUUUAAUAUGUCAUUCCUGUCCUAUCCAGGGCUUGAUUCAGGCAGAUCUGAGCACUUAUUGCUGCACUAUCAACUCAAAAAGAGAUUUUUUUUAUUUGCCAUUAUAGGAUUUCCAGAUAUUACAGCCAUCAAAUAAACAUACAAACAUAUUUUAAUUCUCAUAUUAUCUUAUUUCUAAAAUUCUGCUUUGAAAAUUUAGUUUAAUUGUUCUAAAUGUACCUUUAUUGUGAAGAAAUCAGUAAAACCUAUCCAGAUAAAAAAAAAAAAAAAAAA